AAUAUUUCUCACCAUGCCUCCCACGCGCGAAUGCUUCUCGCGACGAGCAUAGCAGAGGCAUGACAACAACAGUCAAGUCUUUGCAAACUUGCCUGUUACAAUGUAACUUGUGAUAUUAGAUUAUAAUGUAACAUGUAACGUGUUUUUCGGUCAACAGCAAAAGUGAAGCAUCGUUGUAAACAUUUUUGUCGAGACAAAUGUAGCUGAAAGUAAAAGUGGUUGGCGCGACGACACUUCAAAACCACAGCGGGGACAGAAAACAACCCGCAUAUGGAACGCAAACAAGGGGAAGUGAUCUCAGCAUGCGUUUAAUUUCCUGUUCUUAAAGAUUAGCACACAUUUUCCCUUCCAAAAAUGUAUAUGGCAAUUUUAUAGUUUUCACUUAAAGGGCGUACUAGAUAGCCAUUUGCUACUCAGCUAGCAAGCUCAUUUUCUGUCAUGUUUUGGGAGUUGUAUCGACACUUCUGGGUGUCUCAAAUUUUCAACGAGCUCGACUAGUAAGCGGGGAGCAUGGACAGCUCUGUGACCCUGUGGCAGUUCUUGCUCCAGCUCCUAUUGGACCCCACCAAUGAUCAGCUGAUCUGCUGGACCAAUGAGGAGGGCGAGUUCAAGCUGCUGCAGGCGGAGGAGGUGGCCAAGCUGUGGGGCGCCAGGAAGAACAAACCCAACAUGAACUACGACAAGCUUAGCAGAGCCCUGAGAUACUACUAUGACAAGAACAUCAUUAAGAAGGUGAACGGGCAGAAGUUUGUGUACCGCUUUGUCUCAUACCCAGACAUUCUGAAAGGGGAUGCCUCUGUUCGGCCCGAUGGGGAGGGGGGUGUAGGGGGUGGCCUGCCCCUCUCAGAGAGGGGGGACAACACAUCCAGAGAUGAUGAGGGUGGGGACAGGAGUGAAGGUGUGACAGCGACACGGGGGUCCAGUACUAAGCCGUCCAACCGUAAUGACUACAUCCACUCUGGUCUGUACACCUCGUUCACCCUCACCUCGCUGCAAAAUGGACGGCAGCUGUUCAAGUCCAUCAAGAUGGAGAACCCCGGAGACAAGAUUGCCGACAGGAAGUCCAAUACCCGGGCCCAAGACCCACCCUCUCAGCCAAUGCCAUCGCCGUCAGUCAUCAAGUUUGGGACCACCCCCCCCAAGAGAAGCCCUCCACCACCUCAGGUUACUAUAGAAACAUCCAAUCCGCCAUUGUACCCUCUCCAAGUCCCGCCUCCCAUAGAUGAUGUAGUGAGGACACACUCCACCCUCCUGCCUCAGGCUGUGUACGCGUUUGAGCAAGCCAAGACCUUGGAAUCCUCGAAUCUUCGAAUCCUGCAUAGUUUCAGCUUAUCAAAGUUGCCCUCUCGGAGUCCCUCCCCCAGCAUGGUGCCGGACUCCACCCAGGAGCUGGUGAUUGACAGUGACAUCGAGUCAAUCUCCUCCCAACCUACAGAGAUUCAGAUACAGGCGGUGCAGAGUUCUGGCCAUGUGUCAAGUGGUGAGGUAUGUGGAGGAAACGGGGACAAGGGAGGGAAUAGGGAGAUGAGUUUGUCUCCGGUGUGUGUGAGUGGCCAUAUCACAGGGGGCAAGGCCCGCAAGCCUCCUAAAGUCCUGGAGCUUUCCACUCCUACACUGGUGGUCACUGCCUCUGACCUUUCACCUAUGAACCUCUACAGCCCCUCACUACCCACCGCCUCUCUCACGCCAGCACUGCUACAGACGCCCACUCUGUUGCUGACCCCCAGUCCACUGCUGUCUAACAUCCACUUCUGGAGCACGCUCAGUCCGGUGGCUCCCCUCAGCCCUGCCACCCGCCGCCAGCAGGGAGCACACACCCUGUUCCAGUUCCCCUCAGUGCUCACCCCUCAUUUCCACAUCCCCACACACAGUCUGGAUGGGACCAACACCCCCGGACCCCUCACUCCAGACUCCCAUAAGACAUAAGUGACCUUACCCUUGGAACCUGUGGAGCCCCCAGACGCAGAGGCCCUACUUCUGCUCUACCCGCACACUCCCAAACAGACACAGGAGACAUGGGGGUUGAUGAUUUGGAUAAAUGAGGACCAUCCACUGCCAGGAGGGACUGAGACGGUUAGAGGUUUCCAACACGCACACAUCUUGAUUCCUUGAACACUUCCUGUUCUUUUAACUUGCCAUCUUCAGGUCUCCAUUGACACCUCUUCUAAAGAAGUAUUUUUAGGAAUUGCCAUGGUAACCGGUGCUGCAAAGACUAGUGAUUUGAUGCUGACCAGUCAGAAAUGUGCAUCACUUUACCUGAACAGCCAAUUGUGUCUCCGCUCUGAGACCAAAGGGAUUACAGACCUUUUUCUUUCUAUUUGAGCCUUCAUAGUUUCCUUCUAUUCUUUUUGUGGAACUUCACACUUUCACAACAAACUGUUUGAUGGUGUGUUGUCAAUUCCCAACUCAGUUUUUAGAUGUUUUUUAAUGGAUAAUUUCCCAGUUAUUAGUUAUGUUUUUAACGUGUUUUAACCAGCUAACCAUAAUGUUUCUCCUCACCGGCUCUCUUAGAUGGAAAAUGCUUGCCAACACCAACUCUACUUUUCCCUUAACUGUCAAUCCCCUCAUCUACAUGCCAGUAUAUACAGUUGAAGUCAGAAGUUUACAUGCCUUAGCCAAACACAUUUGAACUAAGUUUCACAAUUCCUGACAUUUAAUCCUAGCUAAAAUUCGGUCUUAGGUCAGUUAGGAUCACCACUUUAUUGUAAGAAUGUGAAAUGUCAGAAUAAGAGAUUUAUUUCUGCUUUUUAUUUCUUUCAUCAUAUUCCCAGUGGGUCAGAAGUUUACAUACACCCAAUUAGUAUUUGGUAGCAUUGCCUUUAAAUUGUUUAACUUGGGUCAAACGUUUCGGGUAGCCUUCCACAAGCUUCCCACAAUAAGUUGGGUGAAUUUUGGCCCAUUCCUCCUGACAGAGCUGGUGUAACUGAGUCAGGUUUGUAGGCCUCCUUGCUCAUACACGCUUUUUCAGUUCUGCCCUCAAUUUUUCUGUGGGAUUGAGGUCAGGGUUUUGAUGGCCACUCAAAUACCUUGACUUUGUCCUUAAGCCAUUUUGCCACAACUUUGGAAGUAUGCUUGGGGUCUUUGUCCAUCUGGAAGACCCAUUUGCGACCAAGCUUUAACUUCCUGAGAUGUUGCUUCAAUUUAUCCACAUAAUUUUCGUGCCAUCUAUUUUGUGAAGUGCACCAGUCCCUCCUGCAAUAAAGCACCCCCACAACAUGAUGCUGCCACACCCGUGCUUCACGGUUGGGAUGGUGUUCUUUGGCUAGCAAGCCUCUCCCUUUUUCCUCCAAACAUAACGAUGGUCAUUAUGGUCAAACAGUUCUAUUUUUGUUUCAUCAGACCAGAAUACAUUCCUCCAAAAAGUACGAUCUUUGUCCCCAUGUGCAGUUGCAAACCGUAGCCUGGCUUUUUUAUGCUGGUUUUGGAGCAGAGGCUUCUUCUUUGCUGAGCGGCCUUUCAGGUUAUGUCGAUAUAGGACUCGUUUUACUGUGGAUAUAGAUACCUUUGUAGCUGUUUAUUCCAGCAUCUUCACAAGGUCCUUUGCUGCUGUUCUGGGAUUUGCACUUUUCGCACCAAAGUACAUUCAUCUCUAGGAGACAGAACGCGUCUCCAUCCUGAACGGUAUGACGGCUGCGUGGUCCCAUGGUGUUUAUACUUGUGUACUUUUGUUUGUACAGAUGAAUGUGGUACCUUCAGGCGUUUGGAAAUUGCUCCCAAGGAUGAACCAGACUUGUGGAGGUCUACAAUUUGAGGUCUUUGCUGAUUUCUUUAGAUUUUCCCAAGAUGUCAAGCAAAGAGUCACUGAGUUUGAAGGUAGGCCUUGAAAUACAUCCAAUUGACUCAAAUUAUCUCAAUUAGCCUAUCAGAAUCUUCUAAAGCCAUGACAUCAUUUUCUGGAAUUUUCCAAGCUGUUUCGAGGCACAGUCAACUUAGUGUAUGUAAUCCUCUGACCCACUGGAAUUGUGAUAGAUUAUUUCACUUAUAAGUCACUGUCUGUAAACAAUUGCUGGAAAAAUGACUUGUCCUAACCGACUUGCCAAAACUAUAGUUUGUUAACAAGAAAUUUGUGGAGUGGUUGAAAAACGAGUUAAUGACUCCAACCUGUAUGUAAACUUCCGACUUCAACUGUAUGAAGCAGUGCGAGGCCUGCCAGUAUAUAUAAAGCAGUGCGAGGCCUGCCAGUAUAUAUAAAGCAGUGCGAGGCCUGCCAGUAUAUAUAAAGCAGUGCGAGGCCUGCCAGUAUAUAUAAAGCAGUGCGAGGCCUGCCAGUAUAUAUAAAGCAGUGCGAGGCCUGCCAGUAUAUAUAAAGCAGUGCGAGGCCUGCCAGUAUAUAUAAAGCAGUGCGAGGCCUGCCAGUAUAUAUAAAGCAGUGCGAGGCCUGCCAGUAUAUAUAAAGCAGUGCGAGGCCUGCCAGUAUAUAUAAAGCAGUGCGAGGCCUGCCAGUAUAUAUAAAGCAGUGCGAGGCCUGCCAGUAUAUAUAAAGCAGUGUGAGGCCUGCCAGUAUAAGUGAAGCAGUGUGAGGCCUGCCAGUAUAUAUAAAGCAGUGUGAGGCCUGCCAGUAUAAGUGAAGCAGUGUGAGGCCUGCCAGUAUAUAUAAAGCAGUGUGAGGCCUGCCAGUAUAAGUGAAGCAGUGUGAGGCCUGCCAGUAUAUAUAAAGCAGUGUGAGGCCUGCCAGUAUAAGUGAAGCAGCGUGAGGUCGUGACUCUGCUCUCUGCGGUGUGUAAUGGUCUUUUGCCAUCACAAAAUGUGUUAUUUAAUGAAGUCCUUACUGUAAUUCUCUCACUUAGACCAGUAUACAGGCAGCCAAAUCAGAACAGAGCCAAACCACUUCAGUCUCUCCCAGAGAAAAACACGCAUAUUUAUGGGACUUAUGCAUGUGUGAUGCUUGGAAGAUAUUGAAUUUAUGUAUGCAAAAAGGCCCUAUGCCUGUAGGUCAAUUUAUGAGAAGCCAUAACCCUUACUGUAACCCCAACCUAAAACCUAGCCUUAACCACAUUCCUAACUUAUAAACAACCCUGCCGCCUCAGAUAGUUGGACAGAUUAAUAUCACAUCCUUUGCCAAAUAACUACUAACCUUGUGGAGAUUGAGCAAAUAAGGAUCCUCGCCAUAAACUAACCCUAAGGCUGUGCAUUUCUGUUGUGAAGCUAUAAGGAAAACAUGAAAUGUGUGAAGGGAAAUCACAUCGGGAGAAUUGAAUUGUUGGAUGGCAGAGGAGUUUGUCACUGACCUGUAAGGUUGCUCCAUAAGAAUCAGCCAUGAUAACGUGGUGCCUUAAACCUCUAAAGCCAAACCUGAGGAGUGAGGGAACAGCCAUCCCCUCCCCUGUCCACUCUCUACCCUCCUCCCCACUGCCCUGGUCUCCCUGGGCGCAAACUUCAACAGAGCACUACAACAGUAUUUGGUGAAGUACUAGAAUACAGAGUGUAAGUAUUCUAGAUUUCUACCAGUCCUUUACUUGUCUAAUGUCUGCUCUCCUAUGUACAGUAUGUUUCCUCUCCCAUUGAACUAACAGGUGGGGGUGAAACAGCCAUUCCCAUGACAUGGCCAGUGAAUAGCCUGGUUGGUGUCGGUCUGUUUCUGCUUUGCCAACAUGUCACCUUGCCAAGACUUUGGGAAGGGCACUGAUGUGGCAUGGUUGAAGGCAUAACCAGUCUGGUACCCAGGCUACUGGGAGAAAACCCACACAGAGGGCGUUCAAAGUAUGACACAAAGCAAUAUGGUUUGUGACUUAACACAUUUUCUUUGUAUGAUUCAUGUUUUAGAACAGGUUUGUAUAGUUAUUUUGAUUUUAAUGACAGUUGCCUUAAAGAUGGAAUCUGUGCCCCUGGCCACACCACCAUUGUUGUUGUUGUUAUUAUUCUGGCCGAGCUGAGAAAAAAAAUGCAGGACAUAGGUCUUCUAUCGUGCGUACAGUGAUGUCCGAGGGGGGGAAAAACUGUUUGCAGUAACUUCUUUGUUCUAAUAUCGCAAACGGACGUGGCUGUUUCACAAUUAAGGAUUCCAGCUUUAAGUAUGGAAUAUCGUCACCCACAUUUGCAAGUCCUGUGAAUCAGGAAAAUGAAUGAGGUUUUAAUGUACCAGAAUCCUGUUUAGAGUGAUUCUGCUAAGCUUGAUUUUGCACAACAAAGACAUUUUCAGCACACAAUCAAAGCUCCCUUUCCCUCUGUAUCUGACAAGUAAAUAAGACAAUCAAAUAACAAAAGUGUGUAUUUACUUCAGCUGAAUUCCAUUUACCCCCCCCCCGACUGAAUUGUAAUGUGUUUUUGUAAUAUGGCCAGAUGCUAGGCUCAAUGCUGUUCUGUAGUCUGUUUUUAACGCUGAUGUCUUGUUUGAUUUAGUUUUUUCCGUGGGUUUUCUUUACUCAGUGUUGGGAAGGGAUGAUGACAUUGACUAUUUUCAAAUCAAAGCCUUACAGAGGGAAACUUAAAUCCGUCUUUGUUAAGUAUUUUGAUAUUGUUAAAGGCCCAGUGCAGUCAGACUUGAUUUCAUGUGUUUUUUAUCCAUCCAUCUACAGAGGUUGGAAGAAUAAUGAAAUUGUGAAAAUGAUAAUGUGAAAAUGAUAAUGCCCUUGCUGUUUAAGAGCUGUUUGAAAAGACUGCCUGAAAUUUAAGCCCGUUUUGGUGGGAUGGAGUUUUGGCCUUCUAUGGUGACACCAUGCGGUAAAUUAGUUAAUAGACCAAUAAGAAACAAUUCCAAACCUAACUCCUUUUCAGUUUUCCCCUCCCCACUCAGACCACUCCCUGACAGUCCUAGCAAAAUUAUUGAUUGAGAUAUUGCUAUUUUUGUUGCUUUUUGACACAUUUUAUUAAACAAUCAGUAAGGUAAUUGUUGCCCAUAAAAUAUUUGAUGUUGAGAAACUGAUGCAUUGGACUUUAAUAUUGUGUGUGUGUAUGUGUGUGUCAACAUUGUCACUUAGAACAAUAGGGUACCUGUCGUAUUGGAUUUGUCCUUUGUUUUAAAUAACUUUUUUUCCUGUGUUUGAAAAAUCUAUAUUAACCCUAAUUAUAGUUGUAAAUGAAUUCUGUACAUUUCUUUUCCCAAAUCAACAGUAAAACUAUGCACAAAAUACUUUAAUAUUGCAAAUCUAAAGAUUACAUUUAAAAUGUUUAUUCUAAGGAAGUGUGUCUUUAAAGGGGCAAUCAGCAGUUGCUACAUCCAUUUGACCUACGAAUAUGUACCUAUUGAUUCUUGAAGAAUAUAACUUAAUGGUUCAUGAGCUUAGUUCAAAUCUCCUGGCCAACAGAACCCAGAAUAAGCUUGUUUUACUCGUGUUUGAAAAAAAAAGUUAAUGUAAACAAACACUAUAUAGCCUCAAAACAUGUUUAAAACUAUAGUUUUGAUAUAGUCCUUGCAUCCAUCUGAAUGAGUGCUUACAUUUCUCCAGCCCCAUCCUCAGCUUUUUACCGAAACGAGGGUGAGUCACCGCUUUAUCAUUUCAACUGCUGAUUGCUUCAUUUAAAAUCCUAAUGCCUCUUAAAGUGGCAGAGUCCCUUUAGUUAAGCCCUAUUACAAAUGUGUAUUUUCUAAAGAGUUAGAUUUGUUAACUUGAUACAGUAGUCAGAGUUCUAUAAUAUGACCAGUUUUGAUAAAGACAACCUCUGAAUAGGCAGCCAUAUUGUAGAUGAAGGUAGGUGUGAUCAUUCUGAUUCAGGUUUCAUUCAUUAGACCCUAUUCAACCCAGCAUUACACCUAGUGGAUAUUUCUG